AUGGCGCUUUCGACAACAAACGAGUGGAAAGACGACGUCUGGCCUAUACGCGCACAGACGCCCUGGGAUAUCUCGACGGACUACCCGUACCCGCGCAAGCUCCAAUACGACGUCGAGGAGGGCACCUGGCUGCGGCUGGACGUCCACCCCAAGACGGGGGACAUAGUCUUUGACAUGCUCGGGGAUAUAUACUGCUUACCUGCGAGUGAGUACGGGCAGAGAAGUGGAACAGCACCGACGGCUGCGAGGCCGGUGCUGCUGGGCGUCCCGCACGAUAGCGACCCGCGGUUUUCGCCCGGGGGAGAGACGGUUGUGUUCAGGAGUGAUGCGGAGUUGGGCGUGGAGAAUAUCUGGGUGAUGAAGUGGACGUCCUGUGAGGAGAUGGACGUGGGCUCCCCCAGAAGCGGGAACGACGAGCUACGGGAGGCUGUUGCUCUAGGUGCGAGGGAGGACGAGAUGCUUGCUAGCCGUGUGAAGGAGUCGCCCGACAGGAAGAGGAGGCGACUUCUGCGCGAGGGUCGCCUAGUCGCACGCAGGGUCACAAACGAGACCUACCGCUGGGUAUCCGACGCCCGCUUUCAUCCAUCCGGGGACACGGUCAUCGCCACGAAGUGGUACACAUCCUCGCGGAGCCUGGGCGCCGGGGAGGGGUGGGAAUACCCCGUCCCUUCUCUUGAAGAUGAUUCUGCUACCGCUAUCGAGGCGGGCUCAGGUAGAAUGUUAAUAGGCCGCAGUCUGCCUCCUGGGUGGACCGCGGAACAGUAUGGCGAUCAGCAAAUUGGACCGGAGCAGUUCAUUUGGAGAGGGAAUGAUAGCGUUAUCUACGCAAAGAACGUCAAAGACGUGAACGGCGUGUUCACGUACAGCAAAGACGUUCACAGCGGGAUAUACGCGAUAUUCUCGCGCAAUUUGACUACCAACACCACCGAGACUCUCGUCGACUCGUUCCCGGGCGGUGCCAGCCGACCGGAGCUGUCGCGCGACGAGCGCACCCUCGCGUUCGUCCGCCGCGUCCGCGACAAGGAAGCUCUCGUCUUAAAAGAUCUCGUCACGGGCACGAUCCGCCAUAUCUGGCACGGGCUGACGUACGAUCUAUCGAUAGUCUCCGCCCCGAUGGGCACGUACCCGUCGUUCGCGUUCACCCCCUCCGACGACGCGAUCAUAAUCUGGGCGGCCGGUAAGAUCUACAGCGUGCCGCUCUCCACUAACUUCGAUGGGGAGAAGGUGGCGGCUGGAGAGCCGCAGGUUAUACCGUUCCGAGCCCAUGUCGAGAAGAGGCUGGCGGAGACGCUGACGGCUAGCCCGGAUAUUCUGGGCCUCGAGACCGCGGAUACACAGCGGGCGCGUGCGUUCAAGGAGGUCGACGUCGACGAGCAAGGGGCGCGGGUCGUCUUCUCAACUGCGGGGAAGACCUACGUACAAGCGGUCGGCGCGGGGGACGAGGCAGUGAAAUUGCCUGGACUGGUAGAGGACGCGCCAUACUACUCGCCAUCCUUCGUCCCCGGGUACAGCGACAUGGUUCUGCACGCUCGCUGGUCGGAUAUCAAUUUCACGACGUUUGAGCUGGCGAAUGUCACCUCGGGCGAGGCGUCCGUGCUCACUGGCUUGCCGAGGGGCAGGUACUACGCGCCGGUGCUGUGCGAGUGCCCCGGGCGCCGGAGGCAGAUUGCGUUCGUCAAGAACGCUGGGGACUGGCUUACGGGCGAUGUCGUCGCUACCGCUGGAGCGGGUCUGUACCUCGGCAGCCUCGAGCUCCCGUCUGCAUCUGCGUCUGGCGGCACAGAAAUAGAGGUUACGAACGUACACCUCGUGCCCUCCCAGAUCGACCUGGACGACAGGAUCAAGCUGAGGUUCCUGGAGAAGAACGCAAAGCUGCUCGUCCAGCAGUCCGACAGGGCGUUUGUCAUCGACCUGGCCUCCGGGCCGGAUGGGAUGGGGAAGUACAAGCACGAGACGGUCGCGACGGGCAGGAUGUCGAAGGAGCUCGUCGUCUCACCUGGUCUGGCGCUGGGAAAUCCGAACGAGGGGCGGUAUGUUGCGUUUGUGGAUUUCUUUGAUGUGUAUGUGGCUCCGCCAUCGGGGGAGGCUGUCUGGAGCAAGCCGUCCAGGGCGACGAAGGGGCUUGCGCGGCUUAGCCUUGAUGGCGGCCAUGAUAUAACGUGGAGCCGUGACGGGAAGAGGCUGUUUUGGUUCCUCGGUCCCUUCCUCCACACCAUCGAGAUCUCGAAGCUGGCGCGCUGUGAGUCGGAGAUUGCCAAGGACCCGGUUGACUUCGGUAUCUCGUGUGUGCGUAACUUGGUCGAGUACCAGGAGGUCGUGGUGAGGUACCCUACGGAUAUUAAGCGGCUGAAGGAGGAGGCCGGUGCCCAUCGGGCAAACCGUAACGCGGAUCCUCGCGACGCCGACGUCCUUGCCGUCGUGAAUGCCACUAUUCUGACGAUGCGAGGUGAUUCCUUGGAGGCUGAUCUGAUCGAGGACGGUGUAAUGGUCACCAGGGGAGGCGUUAUCGAGUCUGUCGGACCCGCAUCGCUGCUUGAGAUACCCUCUUCUGCAGCCAUCUUGGACGUGCAAGGAGGUCUCGUGGUUCCUGGCUUCAUUGACGGACAUGCCCACUGGAACGGCGUUUCCGCCCGGUACCCAGCGAAGUCUUGGGAGCUUGAGACGUUCCUUGCCUACGGCGUGACCACGCUGCAUAACCCUAGUUCGGACAAUGUCCUGGGAUACGACGAACGUAACAGGCUCGAGAGCGGGCAGAUGGUAGGCCCGAGGAUAUACCACACGGGCGAUGUCAUCUACGGCGCUGGCGAGCCCAGCCUCCACCAGGAUAUCGUUGACCAAGAUGAGGCGUAUUCUGCGCUACUCAGGAUCAAGGCGGAAGGUGGCCCCGCCAGUUUUUCGUAUAAGAAUUACAACCAGCCCUCGAGGGCUUCGCGCCAGAGGUUGCUUUUGGCUGCUAGAAAUCUCUCCAUGAUCUGUGUUCCGGAAGGGGGAAUGAAUCAAGACUGGGAUCUGACUUAUAUUAUCGAUGGGAUGACCACCGUUGAGCACGCGCUUCCUGUUCCGGAGCUUUACGACGAUGUCCUUACACUGUAUGCCCUGAGCGGUACGGCAUCGACUCCUACGCACGUCGUAAACUAUGGCGGUGCAUGGGGAGAGCAGUAUGUCUGGGCACACGAGGAUAUCCCCAACGAUGCAAAACUUCGUGAGUUUACUCGGCAUGAUGUCUUGGAAGGCCUGUCCGAAACAACCUGGAGGCCCAAAAAUUCAUUUGCCCUGUACAAUACUUCUGCGUCAGUCGCGAAGAUGGUCCAGAAUAGUUUGCAUGUUCUGAUCGGCGCUCAUGGAGAACCACCCCUAGGACUGAACUAUCACGCCGAGAUGUACUUUACUCAGCAAGGCGGUUUGAGCAACUAUGAGGUCCUCCGUGCUGCUACAUCCGAUGCUGCCAAAACGCUCGGACUAUACUCUGCACUCGGCUCUGUUGAGGGCGGAAAGCUCGCCGACUACGUCGUAUAUCCCGCCGGGGUAGAGUUGUUGAAAGCGGACAUACAAGACUCGAGAAAUAUUUGGUAUGUCGCUAGAGGGGGCCGUUUGUGGGAAGCGGCUACAAUGGUUGAGGUUUGGCCAGUCAGUGGACGGAAAGAACAGAUGCCACCUCUGAAUGCCGAGUAGUAUGAUGCUGUCUUACGUACAAAUAAUCGACAUGUUUGAAGUACUUCCGAUCCGC